AGUGCAAGGCCUGUUGGCCAGGUGGGGGGCCAGGUGCUGACCAUGGCCACGAGGUGGGCACUGGAUCCUGCCUGGAGGCUCACAAGGCGGGCAUCUGUGGUCAGGGCCCAACUGCCAGAGCCUCUUGCUGAGCAGGGGGAGCCCCUGGCAGAAUCCAAGACCCCUCCCGCCUCCCCCCAGUACUGCGGCCAGGCCCUCGAGGGUCACCUUCGGGGUGCUUGGCCCCCUGGCCAGGGUUUGUCCCAGUGCGGGCUCCUCUGGGCCCUGGGGGCAGCCCCCACCCCCUUGGGGCUCCCUCCUCCGUGGGGGCUGAGGAAGGGAGCUUGCCCCGGACCCCCACCCCCGGCCUGGCUCCCCGGACGGAAGCCCCACUCGCAGUCGGCCUGCAAUUUGCCAAGCCCGGCGGAUGGGGCGGCCGUUAACGCCGAGAGGAAAAAACACUUUAUCUCCCGGGACGGAAAGGGAAGCUCCUGAGAAGGGGGGCAGGUUGAUGGAGGUGGGCGACCGUUCAGCCCUGCCUGAGGGGGCCAUCCUGUCCCCGCCCUGCCCACCAGGGAGAGAGGGAGCCAGGCCGUCUGAAGCCGACGAGAAGGACAACUGAGGCCCUUUGGCACCACACCGCGUGCACGUGGGUCCUCGUGGGCUGUCACGCCUGCCCUGCCAGCUCCGGGCCGGGAUCCGACUCCCUUUACGGAGGAAUGACCUCUCGGGGCCACAGAGACUGGCGCGGGAAAAGCCUGACCUCUGACCCAGAGCUGAAGCUCUCCCAGGGCAUGGGCAGGCAGGGGUGCGGGGGCCGUGAGGGACAGAUGAGCCGGUCCCUGUCCCCCAGGCAGGCUCCUGUGUACGUCAUCUGUGACUGCCCAUUGUCCCAGCGGCCAGGGGAAGCUGGGGCUGCUAGGAGGGGCGUCAGAGUCCCCUCCCCAGGGACACCAUGACACCUUCGGGGUUGUCACGGGCGCCAGUGAAGGCAAGGGCAUUAGAAGCCGGGAGGCUUCCCUGCCUCAGUUUCCCCACGUGUCAGAUCAGAGUGUGGAGGGUCUGGGGGCCCUGGGCAGUGGUGGGGGGGGGGUCCGGAGGCCUCCGAACUCCACCAAGUUGGGCAGUUUGUGCUGGGCCUUCCCAGGGUGGGGGGAGGAGGGGUCGGCAGCUUCCACCAGGUCCCCAGGGGGCCCGUGACCCCAAGUGCGGAGUCCGUGUGGGUGGCCUCGAAGCGUCUCCAGCCUCCCCCGUCCACGACCUCAGCUCCAAAGUUGCCUGUGAGUAUCAUUAUUGUUCAAUAUCCUUAAAAACGUAAAGAGAGAAAGGAAAGAGGCCAGAAAUCUCUGCUUCCUCUCAGCCAGGAAACAGGAAGUGAGUGUGCGGGCAGAUUGCGAGCCAGGCUGCAGGAACAAUGGGGCCCCCCCGAGGGAAAGGGGAACUGCGUCAAGCAAGCAGCCAGGGUGGGGGGCCCGCCUGACCUCUCCCGGCCGUGCGGGGGCCCCGCGUAAAUUUAGUCUGGGUCUUUCCUGAUGAAAGGCUCCAGUGCCCUGCUGCUAGGGGGAGGGGGCGCGAGGCCCACCGUGGCCCCCGGGCGUCGGGGCUCCUGGCCCCGUAGGGUCCAUCCAGCUGUGCCCUGCUCUCCCCUAUGGGUAAACCGAGGUCCAGGGGGGAAGAGCCUGGCCUGGGGGCCGUGCGGUGUGGGGAGGGCACACCAGCGCCUGCGUGGUCAGGGCUGCCGGUCGUCCCCGGAGGGGCCCCAGGCCCAGGACGCCAGGAGAAAUGCCUCCCCUCACGCCCCCUGCCUCAACGUACCACCUCGCGCCCUGCCGUUAAGGCAAAGCACCCGUGGGGGAGGCGGAGGGAGGGCAGCAGCGAACGGGCGCCGUGCCAGGCCUGGCUCUGGGCCCCUGGCGGCGCGAUCUCAGGCCGGGUCCAGGGGGGCCGUGACUCCUCGGCCCCACGGGUCAGCGUGGCGUCUCUGGCGCGGGCCCACGGAGCCGUAAGUCACACGGCGCACGACGCCCUCUCUCCAACGGUGCAAGUCCACGGAGCGUCGUCUGGUGACGACGCCCAGCGGCCGCCAUCACGGCCGAUCUCAGAGCCCUUCCCUUGCUUUGAAAGCAGCCUGGAGCUUUGAGCGGUCGCCCCCGGAGCCCUCCCGUCCCGUCCCCGCUGUGCCUGCCGUGCCCAGACGUGCCCGUUCUGGAGUUUCACACGAGUGGGAUCCCACGCCGUGUGGCCCUUGCGUCGGGCUUCUCAGCACGUGCCAGGCUCGUGGGUUCCAUGGCACGUGUCCGUGCCGCCCGGGGUGGGUCUGCCUCGUCCUGUCUGUUCCUCAACCGGCGGACGUCGGGUCGUUUCUACCCUCUGGCUGUCGUGAACCCUGCGAACGCCCGCCCAGAUUUUUCCGCGGACGCGGACGCUCACUUCUCUCAGGGCCGUGAAGUGAUACGUGCUGGUCUUGAAAGAGCCGGUGGAUCGGAAGCACGAAAGCCGACGAGAAAGCGGUGCGUCUCGCGUCCCACCGCCUGGCGUUUGCAGGGCUCCUGCGUGCCCGCGACGCCCCGCCGUCCACAGGGGCGAGGGUGCACGGGCCUGCACAGAGCGGCUCCCACCAGGCCAGCGCGUCCUCGAGGUCAAGCAUGCUGGGGGCUGAGUUACGUUCAACACUUACAACAAGACACGUACGCUUUGCACAAGACUGUUUUUUACCGCGCUUUUGGGGUCACGGCAAUAUCGAGAGGAAAGCGUUUGCCCGUGGGCCCCUGCCCUCACGGCGGGCUCCCCGCUACGGACACCCCACCGGGUGCUGCGCUUGUCGCGGACCCACACGGACGCGUCGUCGUCACGCAGAGCCCGGAGCGUGCACGGGGCCGUCCGUCCCGUGGGUUUGCACAGACGUGUGAUAGCACGCGCCUGCCGUUCCGUCUCCCACGCGGUGUGCUCGCCGCCCUACCGUCCCGAGCGCACAGUUUCGUGUCCGUGCCGUGUGCGGGCCCAGGACGGGUGCCCGCCCGCCGCCAAGUGGGAUUCCGCGGUACGGCGACCGCGGUUUGUAACAGAAGUGGCUCACUUACGGUGUCUCCAAGAGUAAACACGGAAAUACCACGCGGCACAGCCUGUCCGCUCCUGGGUCUGCGCGGGAAGGCGCUGACGGCGGGCACUGGAAGACGGAUGGUCGGACACCCGCCGCCCGUGGCUACGGUUCACGACAGCCACCUGUGCGCCCACCGAUGUGCGGGUCGGCGAGGUGGCAUUGCCACACCACAGGAUAUUGUUCAGGCACAAAAAGCCUCAAGCGCCCACACGCACCGCCACGUGGAUGGGCCUCAACGACGUGCAUGUAGGAAGGGCGUUGGUGCGGGCGGGGGGCCGGGGCCGGGCGGCCCGCUUGCUGGGUGCGGAGCCUCAGGCUGGCAAGACGAAACAUUUUGGGGGCCAGAUGCCCAUAGGGGCCGCACAGCGGUGUGAGUGCAACAAUGCCGCCAACCUGUGUGUCGUGUACGCGCUCCCACGACUUGAGAGAAUUCGUAAUGGAAUGUGCCAGGGGCGCCCGGGGGGCUCAGCCGGUUACGUGGCCGACUUCGGCUCAGGUCAUGAUCUCGCGGUCUGUGGGUUCGAGCCCCGCGUCGG